UCCUUUUCUUUCUUGUCUCAACCGUCCCUCUUUCUCCCAUCUCCACCACCCCCAAUCUAGACGGCUUCUCUCCUCCGUUAGGCUCUUCGAGAUGUCCAGCCUCCUCGACUUCCUGUCGGCCUCCCCGCCGGGAAAUGCUACCCUUAUUGUCUCUCUCCCAGAUGGAACCCUCCCCCACAUUCCCGGACUCAAUCUGAACAUCAUUGGCGAUUCCUGCCCCGUGUUGUCACUCAACUUUGAACAUGGCUUUAGCGGAUGCUCUCAGGCGACUAUCCACGCAUCUUCUAUUGAGGUUGUCGAGCGCUUCCUCCGGUUUAUUUACACAGGCAGCUACAUGACUGACUACGAUAUCGACACUGGCACCUGCUCACUUGCCGUCCACGCGGAGCUCUACAAGCUAGGUCGAGAUUUCGAUCUCCGUGGGCUUCAGGAAACCAGCAAAGCAACCUUCCUUUGCCAGUUAGACUUCUCAUCCAGCAUCCCCAAGAUGCCUACCGAUCUAUGUAAGGCUGUCCGGUUCAUCUAUGAGCACCCUAAGGACCAGACCGGCCUUCUAGAGACUCUGUGGCACUAUUGUUGCUCGAAUUUCGUAUAUCAUCGAUUUUCCGAGGAGGAUGAUUUCCGCAACCUUGUCUGCGAUGUGCCCGAGUUUUUCAGGGACCUUGUCCGCACGAGCUUCCAGCGGGGAUUUGUUGAUGACGGAGCGGCCGCCAUCGUCCAAUUCGGCGAGAUUGCAGGUAAAGAACCCACCCCUCGAAACGACCCGGAUUUCAGCAAGCAGGCGCUUGGCGACUUCUUAGUUGAAGUCUGGGCUGAGCCGGAUGGCGAUACCUCGGACUAUCACGAUGAGAAGGUGGCUAAAGCAACGAAGCGACGACAACUGUGCGCCGAGGCCGGCUUCACCUUGGUGCAUAGGCCAAAGAAAGAGGCUGUCUUCGAGGAUGUUAGUGCAGGCGAGGCUUCUGGCGCAGAAGGAUUCAUGGUGGUGUACCGUCCAAGGACCAAUACCAACUUUACUGAAGAGCAGAGCGAAAGCGAAUCCUCAAGUGCGGGGUACGAACCCAGCGCCUCCAGCGAGAGCCAGUUUUUGAAAACAGAGGAUCUGGAGGACUCCUUCCUUACUAUCAAACCAGAGUCGAGCGGAACUGCUAAAAGGAAGGCCAAAGUAGGCCCUACUCAAGACUUUGCUGCCAGCUCACCAACGAAGAUGGCUCCCAUCCCCACCACCGUUGCAUCUACUCCCUGUUCUGUUACCAACCUCUCACCAGCCGAGAUGAUGGCUCGUCUCUCGCCAACAACCAUUGCACCCUUGGGGGGAUUUCAACCUCAGCCAAACUCCCUUGUUGGGUCCACCAUCCCCUACGGAUCGCUCUACGGCAGUGUGAACUGUGCACCUAACAGUACCUCUGGCUUCGGAGCUCAACCUACCUUCCCUGUGGAACCCACCUUCACCUACGGGUCCUCUAACGACAAUAGGAACUAUGCAUCGAACAAUACCUCUGGGUUCCAAGCUCAAUCUACCAUCCCUGCUACAUUCAUGUUCCCCCAUGAGUCGUUGAACGGUCACGCGAAUUACGCAUCGCAGCUACCAGUACCUCCAAAUCCCCUUAUAUCACCCCCCGAGUUCAGCGGAAGUCAUGGUAAUCAGGCCGCUGACGACGCCGACGACGAGGAUGACGAGGGUGUCGACUCCGAGUGGGACUUGGUGUAGGCUUCGACCUACUUCCAGCUAUUUUACAUGUACCACAAAGCUGCACAAACUUUUGCAUCUUUGAAGAAAAACAAAAGUUUCAGCUGUGUGAUCGUUCGCCUUGGAAUCAUCCGGGAUCCUGGAUCUAGCGGUGGCGUUCGGGGGU